CCCUAAUUCUUUUUCACCCAAUAUCCCCCCUUCAUUCACCCUCUUUUCCGGCGACAUAUGUCCUCGAUCGACGGCUCCCCUGCAAUGACACCAGCCUUUAAUGUCAACUUCCCAUGGAGGCAUGACUACAUCGGAAUUUCGAAAGCAUCUCGGACUGAGAUCUUGUCUCAGGUUCCCCACCAACGUCUGCAAGGCUCUGAUCCUUCCGUCAAAUGAGCUUCCAAAUGAUUUUGAUCGGAGAGACCAUGGUCCUGAUGUGAAGAAUCAGGUUAAGUUGUCAACUGGACAAACGAUUGACCUUAUACCCAAAACACAGCCAAAAGAUAUAACCGAUGGAAAGGUCUAUUUUAAAGGUUUGACUGGGAGGGGAAUUUUCCAACUUCUAUUACUAAAUCUCAACCAAUUGGUAAAGUUGGAAUGUGCUUUCGCCUUGAGUAAGAUAUGAUUCUUAACAAUUCGUGAAUAUACCAACUACUCAACGGUUUGCUCGCGCAAUUCUACCUCCAGAAUUUUGUUACGAGCUCAGUUAUAAUUCCAUACAUCUUGAAAUAUUUACAAUGUGUUGUGAAGUUAAUUAGUUGGUUUUUAAGAAAUUAAAGUUUCAUUCUCUUAUGGUGUAUCUAAUGCAACAUUGUGGUGCUACAUGUGAUUCACAUGAGUUUUGUGGAAGAAGAC